UCACUAACGCUGGCGUGCAUUUUCAACGGGAGUUCAGGACCGUGUGCGAGACCAUGCGCUGAUCCGCGUUGCGCGACGAUUUGGUUAACUUUGCAAUCUUCAAAUUUCUUUCGUAAGCCGGUUUGUCACCUGAGCGUAACGCAGGAGAUAGAUGGUUGAAUCAUUCCUGUAAAACGAAAGACAAAAUAGAAUAAAAUGGUCGAACAUUUCGAGAACGAUGAAACCGUGGAAAGUGGCCCGCCGAAAACGGCGAAGCAGCUCCAGAAAGACGCCAAGAAAUUGGCCAAGUUGGAGAAAUUCAAGCAAAAGCAGGAGAAAAAACUAACUGAAAAACCGGCGAACGUGAAAGAAAAACAAGAAAAACAUGAUAAGAAAAAGAGCGAUACAUCAGUUUCGUACACUAUUGAUACACCUGCUGGGGAUAAGAAGGAUGUUACAUGUCCGAUGCCAGAUACGUACAAUCCAAAAUAUGUAGAAGCUGCAUGGUACACUUGGUGGGAGAAAAAAGGCUUCUUUAAACCAGAAUACGGAAGGGAAGAUAUAUUGGAGGAAAAUCCGAAAGGAAAUUUUGUAAUGGUGAUACCACCUCCCAACGUAACUGGUUUCCUACAUCUUGGACAUGCUCUUACCAAUGCUGUGGAAGAUGCCAUUACUAGAUGGAACCGUAUGAAAGGCCGUACCACACUUUGGAAUCCGGGCUGCGAUCACGCGGGUAUCGCCACUCAAGUAGUUGUAGAGAAAAGGCUCUGGAAAGAAGAAAAAAAGUCUCGCCAUGAUAUCGGUAGAGAGGAAUUUAUCAAAAAGAUAUGGCAGUGGAAGCACGAAAAGGGAGGUCGAAUUUAUUCUCAAUUAAGAAAGUUAGGUGGUUCCUUCGAUUGGAGCCGGGCUUGUUUCACGAUGGACCCGAAACUGUGUAAAGCCGUAACGGAAGCGUUUGUGCGCUUGCACGAUGAAGGUAUUAUCUAUCGCAGCAAUCGCUUAGUUAAUUGGUCGUGCGCGUUAAAAAGCGCGAUAUCCGAUAUCGAAGUCGACAAGACGGAACUGCAGGGCCGCACUCUGCUUACCAUACCUGGCUACGAAAGGAAAGUAGAAUUUGGCGUUCUGGUGUCGUUCGCUUAUCAGCUCGUUGGCUCGCGAGACAAGAUCAUUGUAGCGACUACUCGCAUCGAGACCAUGCUGGGAGACACCGCUGUCGCAGUGCACCCUAAGGACAGCAGAUACAUGAAAUACAUUGGAAGAUAUGUGCAGCAUCCGUUUUGCGAUAGACGCAUACCGAUUGUGGCAGACGAGUUUGUUGACAUGGAGUUUGGCACUGGCGCUGUAAAAAUCACGCCCGCUCACGAUCCCAACGACUAUGAGGUAGGAAAACGACAGAGUCUGCCGUUCAUAAACAUCUUCGAUGAUGAUGGAAAUAUUAUUGGGGACUAUGGGAAAUUCACGGGAAUGAAAAGAUUCGAAGCUAGAGUGGCUAUCAUUAAGGAAUUAACAGAGAGGAAGCUGCUGAUCGACAUAAAAGAUAAUCCGAUGGUGAUACCGAUAUGUAGUCGAUCGAAAGAUGUCGUGGAGCCGCUCGUGAAACCGCAAUGGUAUGUCAAAUGUGACGAAAUGGCUGCUCAAGCCAGGGAGGCAGUGAGUACGGGCGCGCUGAAAAUAGUUCCGGAACAGUUUAAAAAGACUUGGUACAGCUGGAUGGAUGGUAUCCGGGAUUGGUGUAUUUCGCGUCAGCUCUGGUGGGGCCACCGCAUUCCUGCCUACGCGAUUAAGUGUACCAAUCCUCGCGUGAAUGCAAGCAAGGAUGAUGAGUACUGGGUGAGUGCGCAUUCCGAAGCUGAAGCCAAAGAGAAAGCAGCCAAGAAAUUGGGCGUCGAUGUGAGCGAUAUUAUCGCGCAGCAGGAUCCCGAUGUACUCGACACUUGGUUCUCUUCCGCGCUCUUCCCGUUCUCCGUUUUCGGUUGGCCAGAUGAGACUCCGGAGCUGAAGGCGUUCUAUCCGGGUACGUUGCUGGAAACUGGUCACGAUAUACUCUUCUUCUGGGUUGCCAGGAUGGUCUUCAUGGGCCAGAAAUUGUUGGGGCAGUUGCCUUUCAAGGAAGUGUAUCUGCACGCUAUGGUGAGAGACGCGCAUGGUAGAAAGAUGAGUAAAUCCUUGGGAAAUGUAAUAGAUCCUAUGGACGUGAUCAACGGGAUAUCGUUGGAAGAUUUACACAAGCAACUGCUGGACUCGAACUUGGAUGCGAAAGAGCUGGAACGAGCCCGAGACGGCCAGAGGCGCGAUUAUCCCAUUGGCAUUCCCGAAUGCGGUACGGACGCUCUGCGAUUUGCUCUCUGCGCUUACACCACUCAGGGACGAGACAUCAAUCUCGACAUACUUCGCGUGCAAGGAUACAGAUUCUUCUGCAAUAAGAUAUGGAACGCCACCAAACUCGCGCUUACUUGCCUCAACACUGAGGUCAGGGGUCAGUUAAACAACGUGAACGAUACGACUUACAGUAAAAACGAAAGCGCUAAAAGUUGCAUCGCCGUCGUUGGAGAUAACAAGUGGUACCAGUCGACUCUGAACGAGCCAUGUGUGCAGGAAGCACUAAAUAAUUAUUUAGCAAAUUACUCGUACCUUGACGGUUACACGCCGUCGCAACAGGACGCGACAGUUUACCAGUUGCUAGAAGAAUUAGACGUUAAUUUUGCGAAUUAUCCUCAUCUUAAGCGUUGGUAUCGGCAUAUCGGAACGUUCACGGACAAAGAUAAGGCUGCGCUUCGUGCCGAACAGAACAAGAUAAUCCCACAGCUUGCGAUGUACAAGUGUCGAGAAAAAACCGACGCGUUUCAGUUGACUGGAGGUGAGUCGCAAGUAGACUUAUGGAUGCUGUCACGUGUCAGUUACGCUGCCAAGACUUGCGACGAGGCGAUAGCACAAUAUGAUUUCGCACUAGCUACUUCGACAGCUUACAAUUUAUGGCUGUACGACCUGUGCGAUGUUUAUCUGGAGUACGUUAAGCCAAUAUUCCAAAGUGAGGAUAACGCGGCCAAGAUAAUGGCGCAAAAUGUAUUAUUUAAGACGCUGGAUGUGGGAUUACGCUUACUGAGUCCGUUCAUGCCGUUCAUAACGGAAGAGCUCUAUCAACGUUUACCUCGUAAGGAGCUAGUGUAUCCAAGUGUAUGCGUCAGCCCAUAUCCGGAUAGUGCCGAGUGUCAGUGGAGAAACCAGGAGAUCGAGAAGGACGUUGAACUGGUACAGAAGAUCAUUAGGAACAUCAGAUCUGCCCGCGCGACUUAUAAUUUGCCUAAUAAAACGAAAACGGACGUCUUUGUCGAGUGUUACGACGGAAAUUUGAGAAACAAGAUUUUGCAGUACAGAUCGCUUGUAGAAACUCUUGCUUAUUGUUAUCUCGACAGGAGAGAAGCACGACUCACCGGAUGCAUCGGUAUCACCAUAACGGAUAAAAUUAAAGUGAAUCUCUUUCUUAGGCAUUUAAUUGACCCAAGGAAGGAAUUAGAAAAGUUACGAAAGAAAGCAGGACUGUUGAGCGCGGUCAUAGAGAAACUGAACCAGGACAUGGCUGUACCUGAUUACGAUGUAAAGGUGCCUCUCGACGUUCAAGAGAACAACAAGGAGAAACUUGCGAACAGCGAAGGCGAAUUUAAACAGAUACACGAGGCAAUAAUGGCCUUAAAAACAAUGAAUUUCAUUCAACGUGAAAUGACGAGAGAACUCGAACAAGACUUUUGCUUCUGAAUCCUGAAAUUCUAAAACUGUUUUACAAGUUGCCUAUUUAUUGCACUGUGUAACAAACAGAAUUUAGUUAGAAAUUACAAUCCUCUGCUUCCUUCUUGUUUUAUUGUGCUUGAAUUGAGUAUAAAGAACGAGAAUGCAGUGCAGAUAAACUGGAAAACAUUUUCCAGAAAGUAUGGACGAAAUCCGCUGGUAAUAUUAAUUACCAAAAGAGAACAUUAAAAAAUUGUUCCUCGUAUACAGAGCAUCCAUAAAAUGUUAUAAAAGUAUACAGUCAUCUACAACAUUGUAAUUUAAAUACACGAGAUACCAGAGGAAAGAUAACGUACACGUCUUGACUUAUGUCUACUUUAGAACAAUGUUUUAUAUCAGUGUAAAAUACUGCAUAUAUGUAUGUGCGAAGUAUAAUGAUAAUAGUGGAUAAUAAUGAUAAAAAUAUCUGUAAAUGGGGCAUCUCUUGUCUUGAUCGCACCACUUUAUUAAAAAGCAUUGCUAAUAAAUACGCAACAAUGGUUUUAAAUUGAUAUGAUGAGUAUGUAACAAUGAUCUAAAAAACCAUAAAAUUAUACGGUUCGUUCAUUUUUCACUUACUUUUCUUCGCUCUCUGCAAUUGUGUUCUUAGUUUAGCUUUGGAUAAAAUGGAGAAAUCCAAUACCUAGGAAGGCUCAUAAGAUACGGUACUUACAUAACUGAGUAUUCAGUGAAAAUUUAGGCAAAGAUAAAAAAAAA